CAACAACUCGCGAGAUCUUCGCCUUCCUCCUCAAUUUCUCCCCGUUCAACACCAUAAUUCACCCCGCCAAAAUGCCUUCCACACCGGUCAUUGCCCUCGAGAAGGAGGACCACCAGCGUGAUGCUGAGUUCAAGAAGGUCAUGCACGGCGACUCGGCCAAGGCCGCCGGUGGUGUCGCUGCUCUGCUGAAGAAGAACACCGAGGCUCAGCAGAUUGCCGUGGACGAGUACUUCAAGCACUUCGACAACAAGACUGCCGAGGCUGAGACCCAGGCUGAUCGCGAGGCCCGUACCAAGGAGUACGCGACCUUGACCAGGCACUACUACAACCUCGCGACCGAUAUUUACGAGUAUGGCUGGGGCCAGUGCUUCCACUUCUGCCGUUACUCCCCCGGCGAGUCCUUCUACCAGGCUAUUGCCCGCCACGAGCACUACCUCGCUGCCCAGAUCGGCAUCAAGAAGGACAUGAAGGUUCUCGAUGUCGGCUGCGGUGUUGGUGGCCCUGCGCGCGAGAUCGCCAAGUUCACUGACGCCCACAUCACCGGCCUGAACAACAACGACUACCAGAUCGACCGCGCCACUCAUUACGCUGUUCGCGAUGGUCUCUCUGGCCAGCUCAAGUUCGUCAAGGGUGACUUUAUGCAGAUGUCCUUCCCCGACAACUCCUUCGAUGCCGUAUACGCCAUUGAGGCCACCGUCCACGCUCCUAAGCUCGAGGGUGUCUACGGCGAGAUCUACCGUGUCCUUAAGCCCGGCGGUGUCUUUGGUGUCUAUGAAUGGCUCAUGACUGACAACUACGAUAACGACAACGUUGAGCACCGUGACAUCCGUCUCGCCAUCGAAGUCGGCAACGGUAUCUCCAACAUGGUGACCAUCAACGAGGGUCUCGCCGCCAUGAAGAACGUCGGUUUUGAGCUCCUCCACCACGAGGAUCUUGCCGAUCGCAACGACCCCAUGCCCUGGUACUGGCCCAUUGCUGGUGAGCUCCGCUACAUGCAGAGCUACCUCGACUUCUUCACCGUCGUCCGCAUGACCCACACCGCCCGCCGCAUCCUCCACGGUUUCGCCGGCAUCCUCGAGACCGUCGGCCUUGCCCCCAAGGGUACCAAGAAAACCGCUGACGCGCUUGCCCGCGGCGCCGAUGGUCUCGUUGCCGGUGCCAAGAAGAAGCUCUUCACCCCCAUGUACCUCAUGGUUGGCAAGAAGCCCCUCAACUAAAAGAAAGAAAAAAUGUGCUUGAAACGAUACCCCAUAUAAUCAUUUCCAUUUCUCUGUACAUUGUUCUAGGCGGGGAUAUAAGGUUUACAUCAGGAUCAUCAUGAAGCGGAUAAACAUAAUGACACGGAGGGACGGCAACAAACUAUUGCAUUUAUACGCUGAUUUAAUCAAUAAUUGCCGGUCACGCCGGGAUUUUUGUUCGAAAGAUUAGAUUGGCUGCAGCAAGAGCCAGCAAGAGACCGGACGUUAGAGUUGGCUAGGUAGUUUACGACGUCGUGUACAAUGACCUGUAUGAAUGAACCUAAUAUACUCUUUCUUGACUACCA